AUGUCUAGCAAGUACGUCGCCGUCCUGACCGUCGAGUCGUCUACGACUAUCAACGCGCCGCGUCCUGUUGUACGAGACGCGUUGCUCGGCUUUGCUUCCUAUCCGGAAUGGACCAAGAACUUCGUCACGAACGUUGAACUGCUGGACGCCGAACACAACCUCCUCCCAGACCAACGCGCCGUGCCCUCUACCGGGUCCUGGGUGCGCGUAACGGCCACCUUGCCAGACAGCACCAGCACACAUAUCAACGACGAGUUGCUCAUAGACUACGACGCGAACGUGGGGACACUCGCGUGGCACUACGAGGGCUUUUUCGGUAUGCUCAAAUCUGAGCGGUUUCAGACGCUCGAAGAGGCGGAGGAUGGCACGACGGUUUAUAAGACGCGUUCGGACUUCUGGGGACCGGCCGCUUGGCCUUUGAAGUGGACUUCGGCUGUGGGGUUGCAGGCUGGAUUCGAUGCAUUCGGGAAGGAGCUGAAGGCGCGCGCUGAAGCGCUCAAGUAG